AUGGGUGAAAUUGACGGUGAAAAGCGACCUGAAAUUGGCGUGAGACCUGAAAUUGGCGUGCGACCUGAAAUUGGCGUGCGACCUGAAAUUGGCGUGAGGCCUGAAAUUGACAUCGUGCCUGAAAUUGGUUUAAGUAGUGAAAUUGGGACAAAAAAUAGAGACGUCCGAACGGGCAAGCGGGCCAGGAAGAGACCGGAUCCCGAUGGGCCCCAGCUGGGUGAGAGGGGCCCAGAAUCGCGCGCUCUGGGGGGGAGGACGACGUCUGGGGGACGGGUGACCUGUUGGGGAGUGGGGCUGGGCGGGGAUGAAGGGAGGGAUGUGUUGGAAGGGGAAGAAAAAGAAGAGGAUGAAGGGAAGGAUGGAGUGAAGGAAGGGGAGGAUAGAAGGAAGGAUGAAGGGGAGAAUAGAGGGGAGGAUAGAAGGGAGGAUAAUGGGGAGGAUGAAGGAAGGAAUGGAGGAAAGGAUGAAGAUGAAGUAGGACAGUGCGAGGAAGUGGUGGUCGAAGUAGGAGAUGCGCAGGAUGAAGUAGGAGAGGACGAGGAAGUGGUGGUCGAAGUAGGAAUUGCGCAGGAUGAAGCAGGACAGUACGAUGAAGUGGUGGUCGAAGUAGGAGAUGCGCAGGAUGAAGUAGGAGAGGACGAGGAAGUGGUGGUCGAAGUAGGAGAUGCGCAGGAUGAAGUAGGACAGUGCGAGGAAGUGGUAAACGUAGUAGAAGAUGAGCAGGAUGAAGAAGGAGAGGACGAGGAAGUGGAGAAUGGAGUAGGACAGCAUGGAGACGUGGAGGAUGGAGAUGGAGCAUGCGGGGAAGGAGUAAUGUCAGCCUACUGCUACAUGUUGACUGGACGGGCAUUCUUGGGGUGGGGCGCAUGUCGAGAUACCACAUAUGGAACAUAUAGAACUGGCCUAUGUGGUUAUAGUUCAUAUAAAGUCCAAGGUGCAGGUAGGAGUCGAAGUGGAGAAGGUGGUAUUGAAGAGUUGCGUAAGUUCAACUUGGUGCAUGUCCCUCCCGAAGUUGAAAAAGAACCACCAAAGAGGGAAGUCAUACUUGAAGAAGUAGGAGCAGAAGUUGAGAUUUCGGAGGGUGAUGAUCAUGACUGUUUGCAAAGAAAUGAGGAAUCUAACGCGUCACAUGCAUUAUCUUCUGGAAACCUUACACCGAAGAGAGAAGUCUCUGGAUCUGAAGAAGGCUCUGGACCACUCGAUGGUAGCCCUGGAUCUGAAGAAGGCCCUGGAUCACUCGAUGGUAGCUCUGGACCACUCGAUGGUAACCCUGGAUCUGAAGAAGGCCCUGGAUCAAUCGAUGGGGGCCCUGGAUCACUCGAUGGUAGUCCUGGAUCACCGAAAGGUCAUGUAUCGCACAAAUCAUUCUUUUACUCAGACUCUUCAUCGGACACAGACUACCCUGGUUCAGACGAAGAAGAACCUCUAUCAUUCGAAGAAUACUUUCCAUCAGAUGAAGGGCUCUCAGAAUUGGACACUUCGGACAUGGGUUCAGAAGAUGAGUCAGAUGAAUCUGACCUACCCUCACCAGACUCGGAAGAAGAACAGAGUUGGCCGAACCGAGAUACACCUGGAUUGAGAAACGAAGCAUUUGGAUUCCUCAGUGGACAUGUUGCGUCAGUCAACAAUCUUGUAAUCCCUGCCCCUGAUAGGUGCCGAGGGGACCAUGGAAGAUGUUUAAUUAUUUCUAAAGUAACUGGAACUGAUCCAAGAACCGUCAAGAUUGACGCAAGAACCAGAAGGAUUGUCUUCAACAGGACCUCAUGUAGCUUUGCUAACAGUGUGCUGGCAUACAGAACCAACUUACUCACGUAUAUGCAUAGCGAUGAUGUCCCUAAAAUCUACCAGAAAAAUACUGGAGGCUGUCAGGUCUCUCGAUGGACCAAGAAAAGAAAUAAAGCCACAGGAUCAAGUGGGAAUGUCCUAAAGACUAAUACAAACGAUUGUUAUACAUCAAUCAACAACGGAAAGAUACCGGAAACUGUAAACUCUGGACACUGCGAAUCCGUCUCUAUAGAACCUCGCAACAGGACAACUGCAAGUGCGCCAUUGCAUCUGCCCAGAAUUGCAGAAGCUUCACCUACGACCAGGCAAAAAAUUUCAGGAUUGGGGAAACUUAAAGAAGGACUUGAAAUAUCGACCAAUUCGGCACUAACUAAGAGGCACGGCAAAACAGUGCGUGAAACCAUCCCGGGGCAAGUGGGUUCUUGCAGAAAUAUAGCACCAAAUGCAAGUCAUAGCAAAGCUAAAAGUCAAAGCACCACGGCUUCCAGAAAAAAGUUUCUGAAACUCAAAAAAACCUCCCGGGAUAUCAGAGCGGGCAAUGAUUUUGAAACACGGAACGGCGGCGCCCCUUCAUCUCGGCCGUUUGUCGAUCCAAGUCUGAAUAUAAAUAGGCUAGAAUCCGAGGAAAAACCGGUAGGAAUCAUGGGUUCAAAAUCAACAGCGAAUCUUGCGCGUCAAAUGAGCUUUGCAGAUGAAGAAACUUCUUCUGACGGGGAGGUCAACAGAGGAGUAGAGCGGCUGAGAAGUCGACACAGGAAAAAUGGCAGUAGGCUUCUUUCAAACGCCUACCGGGUUGAUGUAGGCCUGGCUUCUACAUCCUCUCAUAGGAGUUUGAAUGGAAAUACUAGUAUUGCGAAGAAGGGCAACGUAAAUAGGACUAGAAAUGCUUGCGUUAGUGAUACCAAAACUGGUAAGGGUAAAAUGGUUGACUUGAUGGGAGGCUCAAGCAACUGCGUUACCAGAGUAGUUGGCAAUUACAACGUAGCAGCUGAACAUACCCGGGCUGAUGGAACGACUUCCGGGAGAGUGAAAUCCAAAAAUCGAAAAGUUGGCCCAUCAUCCACAGGAGUCAUUCCUGCUUCGUCAAGAACUGAGAGUAAUCUAAGAAAACCCACUGUCAGAUCCAACCAAACUAAUUGGACGAAAGUUAGAAAUACGAUGAAAGCUAAAAAUGUAACUGGAAAUCUCAAAAGAUUAAGUCAAUUUUCUAGCCAAGACAUCAAUAAGCUUGAAACAGCUCGCGGUGCAGAUUCGAAACCCAAACAUGGAAGGUCAAGAGUCGAAAAGGCAACUUCCGGAAGAGUGCGUUCCAAGCUUCGGACGAGGGACAGGUUCUCGGACAGGAAAGAGGUUUCGACGUCCAAAAGAAGGCCUGUAGCUUGGGGAAAACUGCUUCGUAGACACAGACUGAAAGCCCUCAGAGAGGAGAAUAAUACAGAGUAUGAAGAUUCUGGUGCUGAUGAUAGUGGUGAGGCCUAUCUAGCAGUCAAUAUGACUGGUAUAGCCGUUGAUGCCGACACAGCAGACAAUAUUGCCAAUAAAUCAACCUUUUUAACCAGUACAACAGCAAAAGAAGCCGUUAUAGCAGUACAAGUAGCUGAUGAAGCCGGAAUAAAAACCAAAUCUGUAAAUUCAGCAGCCGACGAAGAUUUUGCAGAAGCCAAUUCAGACAAUACUUCUGUAAAUUUAGACAUUGCAACAGCUAUUGUAGCCGGCUUGGCCGUUGAUGGACACUGUACAGCUGGCGAUAGAAAUGAAAGAUCAAUUAUUGGAGUCAAAGAAGACGGUUCAGAAGUUGGAAGAGGAAAUAGUGGAGUCAAUGGAAAAAGUUCAGACGUUGGAAAAAGUAGUGGAGUAAGAGGAAAAAGUUCAAAAGUUGGAAGAGGAAGUAAUGCAGUAAGAAAAAUCGGUUCAGAAUUCGGAAGAAAACGUAGUGGAAUCAAAGAAAAGGGUUCAAGAACUGAAUUAACAAGUAUUGGAGUCCUAGAAAAUGAUUCAGCAGCUGAAGAAGCUUGUGUUAAAGUAAAAAAAGACGGUUUGAAAGUUGAAAAAACAAGCAUUGGUGUCGAAGAAAACGGCUUAGGAACAGAAGGAGCGAAUAUUGCUGGGAAAGAUGACGGUUCAGGAGCUGAAAUAUCAAAUAUUAGAAUCCAAGAAAACGGCCCAGGAACUGCAGGAGCUAGUAUUGAAGUCCAAAAAGACGGUUUAGCAGCUGCAGGAGCAGCGGAAGCAGAUUUUCGAGACAAUGUAGGAGCCGAAAACUUCAUACCUAUUCGUUCGUACUCUUGCUCCGAAAUCCUACUCUACCUGAAGGCGACCAGGAUGGCCUGUCUGAAGGAGAGCGCAUCCCUAACUUGCAGUAUAGGAAGACUGGCAGGUUUUUUGCAACAUUUUUUCACACAUGACGGGGUUUUCAACGGCCACGAUUGGGUGGGGACGGUUCAACAGUCGGGAAGAUUCGCAGUCAACUAUGAGACAGACUUGGCCAAGAAAAUACACGACAUUUGUACGGUGCUUCUAGAAGCUCGGAGGAACCUAGAGCCUCGAAGAAUAUGUAUGGCUACAUUUCGCCUCCGCAACUUGGUUUACUCGAUUCAAGUUAUCACCAAACUAUUACGAAAUCUACCUGAUGACCCAAAGUUCGCAGCCGCCAGAAGAUACCUAACUACCAGUCGCAGGAUGUUGAGAAUCCUGAUGAACCUGGACAGCAGCAGAGUUUGUGUGGAUGUCUUCCUGUGCAACGUCCCACUAUGCGACCAACCAAACAUAAUCAGACAUUUAGUAGCUUGUAAUAACCUUUCUUGCAAGAAAACAAUGGAGGUUGGAUAUAAUAUGCUAACUCUUUAUAAGAAGUGGGCGUUUCCAUGGCAAAAAUUAUACGACAAAGCAAGAAGAAAUAAAUUCUUGUAUUUGGUCGCACAAAUAUCGACCAAUGAGCGUUGCUGUAAGAAAUUCGACAAAAAUUCCAGAGAAUUUUUUGCCAUCUUGAACGCCUGCAGACAUCUUUACUGCGCCCGCUGCGUGAAGAAGCUGGAGAGGGAGGGGAGCUGCAGGGUCUGCGGGAAGCGAUCGCGUUUCUGGAUGCGCAGCGGCGUGUUCGCAGAGCUCAGCAGGAUCCUGCGCCUGCAGGCAGCAAGAGAGCGCGGGAGACGGGUAGCCCCAGCCCCAGCCCCAACCCUAACCCCAACCCCAGCAUCAACCCUAAGCCCUACGCCAACUUCAACCCCUACGCCGACUUCAACCCCUACGCCCACUUCAACCCCUACGCCGACCCCAACCCCUUCCGAAAAUCCUUCCCUAAGCCUUCCUCAAAAAAAUGUCCCGACCCGACGUUAAACCCCUUCUCCAACCCGUCGUUAAACCCCUUCUCCAACCCGUCGUUAAACCCCUUUCCC